AUGCCUAAUCGAGGAGGAAAGAGAAAACUUGUUCGUAAUGUUUCUCAGAGUCCCGGAAGGUCAAGACUACGACCUACCAAUCUACCCAGUCAGUACGACUUCACGCCGGCAGUCCAAGCUCCUCAUCCGCAGCAGACACCUGAAGAAGAAGUCCCCAUUUUGCCACGACAUUCAACGCAAUCCCAGAUCCGGGACUAUCCUCCGCCUCAACAACUAUUUCAGGGCUCCUUUACUCGCCAAACUCAACCUCAAGUACGCCGGUCUCCUUUAGAAGAAGUUAACUACAAUCCAGCGACUCAUGCAACUCUUCAAGAUGACCCUCCGCCUUCUCCAGCUCAACGCUCUCAGACUCGUAGUCAUCCAUCGCAUCCAUCGUCCCAAGGCAACAACUUCGAAGAAGAAACUGCUGUGGUGUUUCCGGAGCUCCAGGAAGACGUGGUUCGGGCUCUAAAUGCCCUGCUUCUGGUGCCAAACAGGGAUAAGUUCACCACGGUAAAUGCUUGA